UAAAUAACCAGCCUUUAUGUUUUAUUUUGAGCUGGGUUCGAUGCUCAUGGUAUCAUCAUCAUCAUCAUCAGUUGAGCCAUAGAAAAAAGAUGGCUUAAGAGUAUUUCCAUGGUAUAGGGCGUUUAUGUUCCAAAUUCCACUGUUAUGUUAAGCCGAUAUUGUCGAUUAUUACUGUCUUGGCUAAGGUAGAGUGUAUAAACGGCACAUUAUGAGAGACAACCAGCGUCACUUAGCUUUACGUGAAAGAUCUACCUGGAAUAUUGGCUUGUCAUAGCAGUGAAAUUUGUGAUAUCUUCCUAUGCUAUUUCUCUGGUUGAGCUUAGUCUGAACUUGUGCUUCUUCUCAUAGAAUUUCUACUACAUCCCUCAAUACAGGAUUCAAUUUAUUAGAUAUGGAUAGUUUAUUAAAAUCAAUUCACAAUAUAUACAGCAGCCUACUUGAUGUUCCUUUAUUCUUUUAUUAACAAUAAUGAAUUACAAAAUUCGGGACGAACCAACAGACAUUCGCCCAAAACUGUUUCAAUCAAUAAUUUUACCGGGUGAUCAAAAAGUGUCUCCGCAGUAGCUGCGUGGUGGUGUAUUGUGUUCUGUUUAGAACCCCCUUUGACAAAUUACUCUCCCUAAACAAGGAAGGCUUUUUCAACGUUUACUGUAAUGAAUGUACACGUAAGUUUAAUAAAUUAAAAUCCAGUUGUUAUAAAUAGCCUACUUGUGAUUGAGUUGUUUUUGUAUGUAUUUCACUGCGGAGGUACUCUUCGAUCAACCUGUAUAUAAGCAGUCUAGAGGUUAUGUUCAUGAUGUGCUCAAUCUAAUUCACACAUAACUUCAAGUAAAAAAUGACUUCAAUUGGAAUUUUGAAUCCUGGAGUUAAUGUGAAUGUGGAGUUAAUCUGAUUCACUCCUAAUUUCAAGUCCAAAAUAAUUAUAAAGUGGAAUUGUUGAGCAAAUGGGAGUACAGUAGAAGAUUUGUUUUGUGGCAAGCAAUGUAGGUGUUUUGCGAUGUGGUAGAGAUAGCAGGGGCGACGAAGUGAAGACGGUGGUGGACGUGGACGGGGUGGUGACGUCACCGCAGCAACAGGUGGCCCAACAGGUGGCGCUGAGCAGCGAGGAGCAGGCGGCGCAUCAUGCACAUCAUGCACAGCAGCACCAGCAGCUGAUUGUGUGCAACGCGGCAGCCUUGCUGCAGUCGGCGCCUCAUUCGGACGACGACGGCGACCCGAUGCUGGUGAAGAAGCGGCGCGUGCUGCCCUUCAAGCCGAAGCGCUUCCGGCCCGAGUGGAUGAUGUACGACAUGUUCAAGGACUGGCUGCGACCGCACCCCAACCCAGAGAACGCCAUGUGCGCCGCCUGCGACAGCGUUAUCAAGGCCGGCAAGAGCGAGCUCGAGAAGCACGCUGCCGGCAAGAAGCACCUCAAGAACUUGUCCGUCUACCGCAAGGAGAUCGGUCUACCCGACGACGACGUCAUUGUCAUUGGCGGUGCCCCCACCCACGAGAUGGACGAGAGUGUCGGCUCGGGCACUACCUUUAUGCAGACCUCUUCCAACGAGCUGGGCCCGGAGGCGAAUCCGACAUUCAGCCUGGAGCCGACGGGUGCAUUCGGGGUGGAAGGGGGAGUGCAGGUGCAGGCGUCCGCCGCCGCCCCCCGCCUGCCCAAGCCCCCCCAAGAGGCUACCGUCUACGUCUCCAAAGCUUUCGUUACAAAACCUGCUCCACCCUGGAAGGCGACUGCCAUUGUCAACGGUCACGUGACCCGGCUUGAACUCAAUGACUACAAGGGAAGAUACGUUAUAUUGUUCUUCUAUCCUCAAGAUUUUGCAGCAGUGUGCCCGACUGAGAUCCUGGCGCUGUCGGACCGGGUGAGCGAGUUCCGGGCGCUGCAGACGGAGAUCGUCGCCUGCUCAGUGGACUCCCACCUCACCCACCUCACCUGGUGUCGCAUGGCGCGCAGUGACGGCGGCCUCGCCAACCCCAAGAUACCCCUGCUCGCCGACCCAACGCACUCCAUCUCGCGCGACUACGGCGUACUCAUGCCCGAUGUCGGACACUCACUCAGAGCUCACUUUAUAAUCGACCGACGCGGCACCAUCCGGCACAUGUGUGUGAACGACAUGAGUGUGGGUCGCAGUGUGGACGAGCUGCUUCGAAUGGUGCAGGCGCUGCAACACGUGGACGAACACGAGGCAGGCUGUCCCGCCGACUGGAAGCCAGGCCAGCCUUCUGUCUGAGACCCAGAUUCCUAAUCAGCAUAUUUUUUAUUGGAAUAUCGCAUCGAACAAAGUGAAAAUUAAUUCAGCAAUAUCAGCAGUCUCCUCAUAUAUAAUAUUGUUCCUUCAAUCAUGGGUGGAAAGAUGUGUUAACUUUUGAUUUAUUUGUGAUCAUUAUAAAUGACAUUUGUACUUUUAUAGUAGUUUUAAGAAAGAAUGAUAGUAUGAGACUAUGAAAUUCAGAGAUAUUCUCCUGUAUGGGAAGAAUAUGAAUGAAAUAAAUUUAGAUGAUAGUUAUUUGAAGAAAUAAUGAUGGAAUAUCUAAUUCAUUGUAUUGAAGCUUGUGUCUGUCUUCUUUUAUGACUAUCAAAGUAGGUUUCUAAGAAAUAUUUCAGCAUGUAACUUUGCUUAGGAAUUUUAAGAUUACUUGAGUCAGAUACUGUGUAGGUUUUAAACAAUUUACGAAUAGUACAAUAACAUACUCAGUAUGUUUCGUUUUUACGAAUAUUCCAAAAUGCUAUUGAUUGGUGUGAAUACUUUUGAGAUUACAGAAAUUGACUACAUGACCAAAUAGCUGGGAAAAUUCGAUCUUAAUAAUGACGUUUCAGAGGAUUUGAAAAAUCAACCAUAUUUGUAACAAAAACCAAAAUGAAAGAAAACUUUCUAUAAAGAACCGCACACCAUUUUCAUAGCGUAACACCAUAAUUUGACAGAGUGUUUGUCCUCGCAGAUAGAGCUAUCUAAUCGCUGUUCUCCCGUUGGAAGGGUGUCUGCUUAAGGCUAGCUCCGAUAAUAGAUAGUUAUUAGCUUAACACAUUUUUUAGGGAAUUUUUUUGCAGAGAGGGUAGACAGCCCCGCAUGCGGUUCUGGAGUUAAAGCUAUGAAAUAACCUUGUAUGUCAAUGAUGUAUAGGAUCACUGUAGCUUCUUACUUACUAUUCUAGUAAAGAUCCAUGAAAUUUGAAAUGUUCAAAGUUUUUCUUUCGACGAGUUUAUGUUGUAAAAAUUAAUUUAUGUCUGGUUAAUCUUAUCGUUAUUUAAAAAUUCUAUGUGAAAAAGAAUAGUUAGGACAAGUGAAUAAAAUGAAUUUAGUUAAUAAUAAAGUUUUAUCUAUUGAAAUGUAACUUUAUUGAACGAUUUAAUGUAUUUAAUAUAUAAGGUAGUAUUAUAAUAAGUUCUUUUUAAACUUGAAAAUUGUGUUUUACUUUCUUACAAUUCUCCCUCUGAUGAAAUGAUAAAUGAUACUUUUGGACAUUGUAUUCAAUUUGCAUAAGGCAUUGGAUCUAUUUUGUGUUCGGUACAGUAGCAGCUUGUUACCAAUUAAAAUCGAUUUUCCUAAGGUAUAAUACUAAA